GACCGGAAGUUGAUCCGUGUACUGCAGGUACCACACUAACGAAAAGGGACAGCCGUUAGCAGGAAAAUAAUGGCCUAACCGUAGUAAACUGCCAGUACGUUGUUUAUAAUUAGCUCUAAAUAUAAGACGCGUCCGGACCUGAGCAUGUAACCUCUUGAUUUGACACACUCGUCUGUCACAGGAUCUCUGUUUUCACGUUAACACACCCGGGCAGCUCGGUAGCUAGCUGACACACCAACGCUGGUCCAAGCAGGACAGUGGGUAGCGAUGACGGGCAGGAGCACCAGCCGACAUCCUCGGACACAUCCAGUGUUGCUCACCGUUCUCCUGCUCACUUUAGGUGUGCAGUUGGUGGGUGCAUCUUCUGAGUUUGACCCCUACAAAAUCCUGGGUGUCGGGAGGAGUGCGAGUCAACCGGAAAUCAAAAGGGCUUACAAGAAUCUGGCCAAAGAAUGGCAUCCAGACAAGAACAAGGACCCCAAAGCUGAGGACAUGUUCAUCAAGGUUUCUAAGUCAUAUGAGAUUCUGUCUAAUGAGGAACGAAGGUCCAACUUUGACCGCUACGGACAGAUGGAUGAAAACCAGCCCUUCGGACAGUCUCAGCAGCAACAGGGUUUCCGCGGCUUCCACAAUAGCUUCUACUUUGAUGAGUCUUUUUUCCAUUUCCCCAGGUCCAGAGACUUUGCAGACAGCAAGUACCUGCUCCACCACGCGCAGUUUAACAGCGAUGUCCUCCCAGACAGCCACAAGAGGCCGUACCUCAUCAAAGUGACCUCCGAGUGGUGCUUUGCAUGCAUCCACAUCGAGCCUGUGUGGAAGGAGACGGUACAGGAGCUGGAGCCGCUGGGUAUCGGCAUAGGCAUUGUAGAUCUGGGUUAUGAGCGUCGCCUUGCAAACCAGCUGGGUGCUCACCGCGCUCCCUCCAUCAUCGGGCUGGUGAACGGCAGAGUCACCUUCUUCCACCAGGCUGUGGUUCGAGAGCAUCUGCGACAGUUUAUAGAAGACCUGUUGCCCCAGAAACUGGUGGAAAAGGUGACAGACAACAACUACCAGGCUUUUCUGGAUAACUGGCAUGCUGAAAAUAAGCCCAGCAUUCUCUUGUUUGACCAAGUCCCCUUUGCCCCCCUUAUGUUCAAAUUGACAGCGUUUGCCUUCAGAGACUAUGUGCGCUUCGGCUACGUGGAUCAGGGUGACACACAGAACAAUCGAAUACUGUGGCAGUUCAACAUAAACACGUACGCCCCCACCAUGCUGCUAUUUAAAGAGGACACGGAGAAGCCUGUGGACAUCAUCCAGGCCAGAGGGAUGAAGCGACAGAUCAUGGAUGAGUUUGUCUCCAACAACAAGUUCCUGCAGGUUCCCCGGCUGGUCAACCAGCAGCUCUUUGAUGAGCUCUGUCCUGUCAAGCAGUUUCACCGUCGGAGGAAGUACUGUGUGCUGCUGAUCACAGGCGAGGACCAAACCUUCCUUCCAGGCAAUAAAGCUUUCCUGGCGUUUGCGUCCACAAACAGUAAAGAGGUGCUGCGGUUUGCGUAUGUUUACCAGCGACACCAGCAGCCUCUCUGUCAGGCUCUGCUCCACAAUCAGGCUGCUGCCUCACCUCAGGUGGUGAUUCUUGAGAGGCGGAGCCAGGCUGGCAGAGUCCUCUUCCGCUCUGUGAGUGGUGGCUGGAACGGCAGCGAGGAAGAUAAGUACCGUCUUCAUGAACAGCUGGAGAUCCUUCAGAAAGACCCCACCUACCUGACCUCGGACACCACCCUGCCUACACUUAACAACGAGAUGGCUCCAAUCUUUAUUAUUCAGUGGAUAAAUGCUGCCUAUGAUUACAUCCUGCAAGUCUAUGAUGACCUUCUCUACUCCAACUGGCGAGAGAUGAUGCCCAUCCUGUCACUCAUCUUCUCAGCCCUCUUCAUUCUUUUCGGCACUGUCAUCAUUCAGGCUUUUAGUGAACCAGGUGAGAGCAAACCCCGAACACCAAAGCCAAAGGAGCAACCGCAAACUGAGGAUGACGCUUCAAGCAGAGCUAACACCACCAGCCGUCCUCCUAAGAAAGAUUUUGUGGAAGUGACAGAGCUGACGGACCUCACAUACACCAGCAACCUGGUCAAGCUGAGACCAGGACACAUCAACGUUGUUCUUGUGCUCACCAAUGCCUCCAAGACCGCCUUACUCAGGAAAUUUGCCAAGGAGGUUUUCUCCUUCUCUGGGACUCAGAAUCUCCACUUCUCCUUUCUCAAUGCUGAUAAACACAAUCACUGGAUGCCAUCGCUCCUCCACUCAACAUCUGCCAUGCAGGAUCAGGGCCGCGAUGAGGACGAGGAGUCUUCAGAUUACUCGGGCCACGUACUGGCUCUGAAUGGCCACAAGAAAUACUUCUGCCUCUUUAGACCCGUUUUCACAGGAGACGACCCCAACGACUCCUCAUCAGAGACCUCGUUCUCCUCUGACAACCGGAGAAAAUCAAGGUCCAGGUCCAGAUCCAGCUCCCACUCAAGAUCCAGGUCCCACUCCAGGGAGGAUGGGGCUGGAGGGAAGAGAGGCUCCAGUAGGGCGACGAGCAUAGACGUCCACCACAAGCUGGACAGAUUAGGACUUUGGAUGGAGAGGCUGAUGGAGGGUACCCUGCCUAGAUUACAGGUCCCUGCUUGGCCCAUUUUGGAUGAAGCCACGAACAACCUCUCUGCAGAGAGCUGAGGUCACACUCACAGAGUGCAUCUUCACCGCGGACGCUCCCUCCACAUGAAAUGAACAACACAUCCCUCAGGCGAUGAAUUUGCCCACAUGUGAUCAGAUCUUCACAUAGAUUAAUAGAAGUCUUGAAAAUGAAGCCUGAUGCACUGACAUUCUUCUUUCUGUAGCCUUCAGUCAGACAUGAUUAAUCACCUUUUUUUUUUUUUGCUCCUAUAUCUGACAAAACAUUUACAAUUAACACAAGACAGAUAGGUUAGUGUGCUGUAAUGGGCAUAUAACACAAUUUAUGUGUCCUUGUGUUUUGAAAAAUGAGUUGGUCAAAUUUGGAGCUCUUACACUUUGCAAUGAGUUGCCAUAUCUUGCUGCUUUUGUUGAAAUAUGCUACAACCAAGUUUGAAUUCAGGUGGCGUCAAAAAUCACUGUCUGUCAAUGAACCCAACAGUUAUAAAGCGACCUUUAUGUCUUAUUUUGCUAUUGUGUUUUAAAAGUUUAAAGUUGACCGAAUCAGGGAGAAACAUCAAAUGCUGUCAUAUUAUAUUUGCCCUUUUAAGACUCCCUCCCCCCCUCCUUUAAAUAACUGUAGACAAUGCAUGACAUGAGUACACAUUAAAUCACUUCUAAAUGUUAUUAAGGGAAUUUACACUGGCAGCUUAAAUGUGUCAUUACCUCUGUCUCCUCCUUUAACUCUGUAAUCUGACUAAUCUGCUUUUUCAAAAGUAUUUGCCGUACACUGUAACUCCUCAUCAUUUUUUAUUUCAUGCCCUUUAAACUUUAUAUAUGUCCAUAUAAAAUUGUAACAAGUGAAGUGUAACUUAUGAAAGAAAGUGAUUUUAAAACAGUUAAUUUAUUAAAAUGGAAGACCUGCUUUAA